CUGUGGCGCCGUGCCCUUUCGCCUAGUCGCCUUCUUUGCCCGGCUGGUGUCUCGAGCUGAGAGGCGGCGGCCGGCAGGAUGGAGAAAAGUAGGAUGAACCUCCCCAAGGGGCCGGACACGCUGUGCUUCGAUAAGGACGAGUUUAUGAAGGAAGAUUUCGAUGUCGAUCAUUUUGUGUCUGACUGUAGGAAGCGUGUACAGCUGGAAGAACUGAGAGAUGACCUGGAACUCUACUAUAAACUUCUCAAGACGGCUAUGGUUGAACUCAUAAAUAAGGAUUAUGCAGAUUUUGUCAACCUUUCAACGAAUUUGGUUGGCAUGGACAAGGCCCUCAACCAGCUUUCUGUGCCUUUGGGACAGCUGAGAGAGGAGGUCCUGAGUCUUAGGUCAUCUGUCAGUGAAGGAAUUCGGGCAGUAGAUGAAAGAAUGUAUAAACAAGAGGACAUUAGGAAAAAGAAGAUGUGUGUAUUAAGGCUUAUGCAAGUUCUUCAAUCUGUUGAGAAAAUUGAAAAAAUCUUAAAUUCUCAGAGUUCUAAAGAAACAUCUGCGUUAGAAGUAAGCAGCCCACUUUUGACUGGCCAAAUUUUGGAGCGAAUUGCCACAGAAUUUAACCAGUUACAGUUUCAUGCUGUUCAAAGUAAAGGCAUGCCUCUUCUGGACAAAGUCAGACCACGUAUAGCUGGCAUUACAGCCAUGUUACAGCAGUCUCUGGAAGGUCUCCUGUUAGAAGGUCUUCAGACUUCUGAUGUUGAUAUUAUACGGCACUGCUUGCGGACUUAUGCCACAAUUGACAAGACACGGGAUGCAGAAGCAUUAGUUGGCCAAGUACUUGUGAAACCAUACGUCGAUGAGGUGAUUAUAGAGCAGUUUGUUGAGUCGCAUCCAAAUGGCCUUCAGAUCAUGUAUGAAAAACUCCUGGAGUUUGUUCCUCACCAUUGCCGCCUUCUUCGGGAAGUCACGGGCGGAGCCAUCUCAAGUGAAAAAGGGAACAUUGUUCCUGGAUAUGAUUUUUUGGUGAAUUCUGUGUGGCCAGAAAUAGUACGAGGAUUAGAAGAAAAAUUACCUUCACUUUUUAAUCCUGGAAAUCCGGAUGUGUUUCACCAGAAAUAUACCAUAAGUAUGGGUUUUGUAAGAACAUUUGAACGGCAAUGUGGAUCUCAGGCCAGUGUGAAAAGAUUACGAGCACAUCCUGCCUAUCACAGCUUCAAUAAUAAGUGGAACUUGCCUGUCUACUUCCAAAUAAGAUUUAGAGAAAUAGCGGGGUCCUUAGAAGCAGCACUUACAGAUGUUCUCGAAGACGCUCCAGCUGGAAGUUCCUACUGCCUUUUGGCUUCUCAUAGAACGUGGAGCUGCCUCCAGCGGUGUUGGGCAGAUGAGAUGUUCUUGCCACUGCUGGUGCAUCGUCUCUGGAGACUCACGCUGCAGAUUCUGGCUCGGUACUCUGUGUUUGUCAGUGAGCUUUUACUCAGGCCCAUCACUAAUAUAUAUUUAUUUCAGCUUCCAGAACUCUUGGAAACAAUCAAGCCAAAACUUGAAAUGAUUGGCUUUACGAAUUUUUCUUCCAUCUCAGAGGCCCUGGAGGACUCGCAGAGGUCUUUGUCAGCCCGCGUCCCUCCUGUGAGCGAAAGGAUCAUCCAAGACUUAAGUGACUCUUGCUUCAGUUACCUGAAAAGUGCUCUGGAGGUGCCCCGGCUCUACCGGAGAACCAAUAAGGAGGUGCCAACUGCCGCUUCUUCUUAUGUGGACAGUGCUCUGAAGCCCUUCCACCAGCUCCAGAGUGGGCACGGGGGUAAACUCAAACAAGCAAGGAUUCACCAGUGGUUAGAAGGCGCUCUCUCUGAGAGCACUCACAAGUACUAUGAAACCGUGUCAGACGUUUUGAACUCUGUGAAGAAGAUGGAGGAGAGCCUGAAAAGGCUAAAACAAGCCAGGAAAACCACGCCCACCAACCCAGUGUGUUCCAGUGCCGGUGGCAUGAGCGAUGACGACAAAAUCAGGCUCCAGCUGGCCUUAGAUGUGGAGUACCUCGGGCUGCAGAUACAGAAGAUGGGCCUGCAGACGAAGGACAUACGGAGUUUCCCAGCCCUCGCAGAGCUGGUCAUGGCUGCCAGGGACCAGGCAGCAGCAGAGCAGCCUUGAGCUUCUGGAAGAGCCCGGGAGCUAGCGAGAAGCCGGCCGUGGCCUGCAGGGCGAGAGCGGCCCGCAGCUCCGAGGGAAGAAGUGCUUCCACUGACACCGCAGCAGCCAGGCUCCCUCUCCGCUGUUUGGGUCACCUUUCGCCCAAAAAGAUCACAAAAGCCUUUUUCCGUUGUAUGGAAGAGUGUUUUUAAGACAUUUGAAACUUUCUACUCCAGUUUACAGAGCAAAUUAUUUUAUUUUUAUUGUAAAUCUUAGUGAGAAAGAGCCGAUUUCUAAAACAUGACUAAAGUACACAUACACGACUGAAUGUAAGGUGGUCUCCCGGCUGCAGGGCGUGGCCGCCUGGUGGAAACGUCCUCUGGGACCGAAGGUAACUGUACUCGCACUUUUUAAGGAGUCUGUAAAUGGCAGGUCUCCGCCCUCUCACUCGGUAUUUAGAAACAGUGCUUCUGAUCGCGCUCAUCAGCCAGACCUGUGUCAGGAGCUAGAGCCAGUAGGGAAGAUUUAUUUCCUCAAUAAAGAAACGUU